UAAUGGUCGUCAAAUUUAUUGCAAGAAAGGAAUGUAUUGUAGCUUUGACAUCUGAUGGUAACCUUCAUGUGUAUGACUGUCCGUGUGUCACAAAAAUUGAAAAGACUACACAUGUUAAACCUGUUAGUGGCUGUUCGGUACUAGCUGUUCAUCCAACUUUACCAUCAGUGUUGUCAGCGUCCAAUACUGGCCUAAUAGUUUUAGACUGGGACCAGGCCUGGGAGCAGACACAAGAAUUUCAGACUUAUAAUAACCCAGGGUCAGUGGCAUUUAACCCUGGGGACGACAAAUGUUUCACGGGUGGGUUUCAUGAUGAUGGCGAAAUAAAGGUUUGGAGACUUGAUUCGGAGCACCCUGAAUAUUCUUUGAUUGGGCAUUUUGAGGGUGUGCGCUGCCUGGAUUUUAUCAGACGAGGAGAUAAACACUAUUUGGUCAGUGGCUCUAUGGAUUGCACUGCCAAGAUCUGGAACUUGCAGAAAAGGAAGUGCAUUUGUACGCUGGAAGCUAUGUCUCCAGUUCGUUGUCUCCUUGCCCAUCCAGAUGACCUUCCAGUCCUUAUUACAGGAACUGAACAUGGCAUCAUUCAGGUGUGGAGCUCCGUUGAUUUCAGGCUCAAAAGAACCAUUAACUUAGGCGGUGGUGGACCUGUUAUUGGUCUCGCAUGUAUGAUGGGCUCACAGAGGAUUGUGAUUGGGCAACAGAACGCAAUGUCUACCAUGGAAAUCACUAACGACAAAGCAUUGAGACCGAAGAGUUUUAUGCCCUGG